AUGGUUUCUCUCAAGUCAGCAAAUGUCACCGCCCAGGCUGAGGAAAACCGGCAGCAGGCCCUUGCGGAGGCACCAGAGUUCGAGAAGGUUUCCUGGACCAAGGACAAGAGUCUUCGCAAGCUCUACAUCAACUGCGCCCUGGGUCUUCUGAUCGGUUCUGCAACCACCGGUUAUGAUGGAUCACUCCUCAACCUCCUACAGCAGUACGACUACUGGGAGUCCUACUUUGAUGACGUUGGAACGGACGCAAACAAGUCCAAUCUCCUCGGCCUCUUGACCAAUAUGUUUACUAUCGGCUCCAUCCUCUCCAUGUUCACCGUGCCGACUAUCACUGAUCGAUUCGGUCGGAAGCCCUGCAUCGUCGCCGGCUGCGUCUUCAUGGUCAUCGGCUGUAUCAUCAACACUGCCGCGCAGAACUACGCAAUGUUCUGCGCAGGCCGUUUCAUUCUCGGAUUCGGCAACUCGCUCAGCCAGCUGACCUCACCGAUGUUGUUGACCGAGGUUGUUCACCCUCAGCAUCGCGCUCCCUUUACCACCAUAUAUAACUGCUUGUGGAAUUUGGGAAGCUUCUUCUGCAAUGCCAUCGGUUUUGGUCUCCAAUAUGUGAAGAGCGAUUGGUCGUGGCGGAUCUUGACCCUCUUCCAGAUCGUGCCGGCCAUCGUACAGCUUCUCUUCGUUUGGGGAGUUCCUGAAUCACCCAGAUGGCUGAUCUCCAAGGACCGCCACGAAGACGCCCUCCAGAUCUUGGCUAAGUGGCACGCCAAUGGUAACGACCAAGACCUUACAGUACAAUUUGAGCAUCGCGAAAUCAGCGAAACCCUCAGGCUCGAGAAGCACGUUCGUGAAACAAGCAGUUACAUGGAUUUCUUCAAGACUAAGGGAAAUCGCUGGAGACUUGCCAUCAUCAUCUCCAUUGGUGUCAUCUCACAGUACAGUGGCAACGCUGUUAUUUCCAACUACGCAAAUUUGAUCUACGAAUCUGCUGGAAUCACAUCACAGACGCAGAAGCUUGGUCUCACCCUUGGCAACACCACCCUCAGCUUGAUUGUCUCCAUCUCCGCUGCGCUUUUUGUUGACAAAGUUGGACGACGCCCGCUCUUCCUGUUUGCUAUUUCUGGUAUGGUUGUUUCCUUCACCAUUUGGACUGCCUUGGCCGGCGAAUACGAAGCCCACAAUUCGGCGAAAGGCUAUGGCAUCGGCCAGAUUGUCUUUGUCUGGGUCUUUGGUAUCUUCUACUCGAUUGGUUUCUCGGGUCUCCUUGUCGCCUAUACCCUCGAAGUCCUGCCCUUCCACCUCCGCGCCAAGGGUGUGAUGAUCAUGAAUAUCACAGUUCAAGCCAUUCUCGCCCUUUCGGCCCAGACAAACCCACUCGCGAUUCACAACUUGCCCCAUGCUUGGAACUUCUGGCUCCUCUACACCCUUUGGGACCUUGUCGAGGCUGUCUGGGUGUACUUCAUGUUCCCAGAAACCAAGGGCUUCACCCUCGAAGAGGUCGCCAAGGUUUUCGAUGGCGAGGAUGCAGUGGCUCAUAUCAGCAUGGAACAGACUGCGAAGGAGAUCGAGAUUGUUCACAACGAGACAGCUACUGAGAAGCAUGUGUGA